AUGACGGAGGCGGCAGGUCCUGAUCCUGCACUUCUUGACCCAACUUACUCUGGUCCCGAUUCUGGCCCUAUCCACUCUGGUCCUGGCCCUAUCCACUCUGGCCUUGGCCCUAUCCAUUCUGGUCCUGGCCCUAUCCAUUCUGGCCCUGGCCCUAUCCACUCUGGUCCUGGCCCUAUCCAUUCUAGCCCUGGCCCUAUCCAUUCUGGCCCUGGCCCUAUCCAUUCUGGUCCUGGCCCUAUCCAUUCUGGUCCUGGUCCUAUUCAGUCUGGCCCAGGCCCUAUCCACCUGGCGCCAGCCCUAUCCAUUCUAGUCCUAGCCCUACCCACUCUGGUCCCGGCGUUAUCCAAGCUGGUCUUACCAAUGUCUAUUCCGGUCCCGCUCCUAUCCACAGUGGUCCUGCCCCUAUCCAAUCUGGUCCUGGUCCUAUUCGCUCUGGUCGAGAUCCACUCCACCAGGUAUUGUCCAUCCUAUGCCGAUCCUAUCAAUAGUAGACCAGACGCUAUCCACCCAGGUUCUGGCUCUAUCCAAGCUGGUCCUGGUCCUAUCCACCAAGGCCCUAUCUACUCUGGCCCAGGUCCUAUCCUCUCCGAUGAUGACGUGGCGCCCAUUCACUUUGGCUCUGGCGCAGCGUCACGCCUUCGUCCUGCUCCCUCCGGCCCCAGAUCUAUCCAGCGUGGAGCCGGUCUCCUUCAGGCCGGUCCUGGAACUGUCCAUUCUGGCCCAAGCACUAUCCACUCUGACUCCAGUGCCAGCCUCGACGGUCCGGUGUCUGUUUAUAUCGGACCCGAUCGUAUUCAGGCUGGUCCCGCUCCCAUUCAUUCCGGUUCUGGCAAUAUCCACUCCGCCGGCCCAGGUUCUAUCCGUCUGGAUUCUGGUCCCGCCCCGAUCCACGCUGGCCCAUCCCUCGAGGCCCCGAAAUGUUACAUUGGUCCGGACUCUGUUCGUCAAGCUAAUCAACUCUCUAGACACGGGUCUAUCCGCCUUGAUUCCGGUCCUAUCCAUUCCGGUCCAGCUUCUGUCCACUCUGGCCCGGGCUCUGUCCACACUGGCCCUCGCCCUAUCCAUCCAGCCUCCGCUCCAGUAAACCCGCUUCACAGUGGGUUCUCUCAUCCUCACCCUUCUCACAAGGGAGAUACUUUCGACGAAGACGGGCCUGUUGCAUACAAUUUUAACUACGAUGUUAAGGACGAUUACACCGGCUCUACAUUCGGCCACCAGGAAUCCCGCGACGGGUACAACACCCAGGGGUCCUACUACUCACCCCUUCCCGACGGUCGGCUACAGAAGGUCACGUAUUAUGUCAACGGUGACUCCGGAUUUGUCGCCGAAGUAAUGUACGAAGGAGAAGCACAAUAUCCGACCUACCAGCCUGCCUCUGUGCCGGCCUACCAACCUGCCCCUUCGCCGGCGUAUCAGCCUGCUCCUUUGCACCAACCAGUUUCUAAUUAUGCUUAGUCUUUUUCUUAGAAAUAAAGCCUUUGGAUUGGUUUUUA